AUGCACUCUCUGCUGCCCUCAAAAUCCCGAUCAAUCUAUCAGGGGCCAUCCAUCAUCCUGUCGUUCUCCGAAUCACGAUCAAACCCUUCUAUCGAACUCGAAGACUCUUCGCUCAAGGCUCAAGAGACGACAUCAGCUGAGGCAGUCCACCAUCGCUGCCACCUGGUCUCACUACGAACAGUCGGAGCGCGAUCUCGGAAUUCGUCAAUCGCCGCAUCCUCGAAACCUCUUAUCGACGAAAAGCAAAUCGAGCGCCGUCGUCGCUCGCACCGUAGGCAAGCAAACAACAUCCCAAUCAUGUUCGGACGCAUCUUUCACCUACUGGUAGAUGCCAUGCUGGUGAGCGUGGCGCUGUCAGGUAUUAAACGCAGCACCGGACUCACACCAGCUGUAUCGCGCAUGCCGAACAAAGACCUGCGUAACCUGAUGCGCAUCUACUUGGAAGCGGGAGAAUGGGUCAUGGACUUUUCAGUCGUCAUCCUGGGUCGAUCCAGCUCAUUUGAGCGAGUGCGCUGA